AUGCCGAGAAGAAACUUAAACGUAAAAGAAAAAGAAAAUUUAAUUAAUAAAUUAAAUAAUGGUUUAUGUUAUAACGAUGUGAAACAAGAAUUUAAAGUGUCAGUAGCCACUGUAUUUCGGUGCAAACAAAAUUCUGAAUCAAUCAGAGAAGCUAUUACCAGAGGCUUGGGAAACAGAUCAAGGUUGGUAAAAGAUGAAAAUAUUAUUAAUCAUGACAACCUUGUAAAGGAAUUUAUCAAUCGAUGCUCGGAUAUAGGAUUACCAUUGAGUGCAAAAUUGAUUAGGCAAAAGGCGGUCGAAAUAGCAAGAUCGAUUGGAAGAGAUGAUUUGAAGUGUUCCCACCAAUGGUUUCUUAGAUUCAGAGAAAGGGCAAAAGUAAAAAAAGGAACCAUUUCAGGCGAGAAAAAAUCAAUUGAUAAUGAAUUAGUGGACCAAUGGAAAAAAAUUGAAAUACCAAGGAUUUUGAUCAAUUGGCAAGAUGAAUUCAUCUUCAAAUGUGACGAGACAGGUUUAUUUUGGAGACAGUUACCAAUCAAAACUUAUUUCAUUUCAAAAACUGAGCACGGAGGUGAUAAGAUUUUCAAAGAAAGAGUUUCGAUUCUUUUUUGCGUUUGUAAAAAUGGAUUUAAAAUGAAACCAUUGAUUAUUGGAAGAUCAGUGAAACCAAGGUGUUUUCAUUCUGGUUGUUUUGAAAAUUUAAAUGUUGAUUAUAUUGCUCAAGAAAAUGCCUGGAUGAACAGGAAUAUUUUUGAAAAAUGGUUGACCGAUUGGCAUAAUAAGUUAAUUCUUGAUAACAAAAAGGUUUUACUGAUUUUAGAUAAUUUUUCUGGUCACAAUAUUAACUUUAAUCAAUUCCCUAUGAUUACCUUCAAAUUUUUACCACCAUCAACCACAGCAAUGACUCAACCUCUCGAUGGUGGUAUUAUUCACUCAUUUAAGGCCAAAUAUUUAAAUCUCUUUAUUAAUUAUUUACUCGACAAUAAUGUCGACCAACUAAGUCAAUUUGUUAAAACUAUAAAUUUACUCAAUGCAAUCAAGUGGAUUGAUGAAGCUUGGACAUCAGUUCAAGAAGAAACUGUAAAAAAUUGUUGGUCUCAUUUUGGAUAUAAAAGACACUCUAUUGAUGAUAACAAUUGCUCUAAUGUUACAUCUGAUGUUGAUCUAUCAGUUAAUUUGAAUAAGUUAAACUAUAAUUGUUGCUCUCAAGAAGAGUUCAUUGAACAAAUUACUUUUGAAUAUUUUGACGAUUAA